GGAGCGUUAGGUUCAGAGCUGUUUCCCUGAAGGCCACAACUUUUCACCCCAGCUUCUACGUUUACUUUUAGCAGCUGGUAUCAUAUAUUUUCCUUUUCUUUACAGGGUUAAAUCUCUCAAACCUGGAGCAUCUCAAAGCAGUAUCUCUCUCUCUAUCUCUAUUCUCUCUCUCUCUCUCGGCCGAAGCUUUGCUGAUCCAGUUUUAGAAUAAUGGCUUCUGGAUCUUCAUAUUCUCCAAAGGCGGUUUCUGGCUCCAGAGACUUAGGUUUUGGAGGGGAUGAUGUGCUAUCCCCUUAUCUGGUUUACUCUUCUCACCAUAAUCUCCUUCGCAAUAGCAACAGCGAUCGGGGCCUUUCGUCUCAACAGUUAAUCUCGACUGGCUCUCAAGACAGUGAAUUUGGUGAACCCACAAUUGGUCGAUCCUUUUUAAAUGUCUGUAAUGAGCAGAAUGAAGAUUUUAAUGUAGAAGUCAUCACUACUGUUGAAAAGACCAUGAAAAAAUGUAUGGACACUCUAUUAUGCUUUAUUGAGGGGAUUAGUGGACGCAUGUCACAGAUGGAAUCAUAUUGUUGCAAUAUUGAACGAUCAAUAGGAGAGCUUCGUUCAGAUUUUGUUCAUGACCAUGGCGAAUCAAAUUCAAAGCUUACGUCCCUUGAGAAACAUCUCCAAGAGGUCCAUAGGUCCAUACAGAUCAUAAGAGACAAGCAAGAACUCGCUGAAACUCAAAGGGAACUGGUCAAGCUCCAAAUCGUGCCAAAGGAACCCAACAGAGAAGGGGUUAGGCCUUCCAGUCCGGAGCCACCCAAGCAACAAGACAACCCAUCAUCUGGCAUAGAGAAGCCACAGAUGCAUCAGGCCCAUGAGUCAGCUCGGCCUGUGCCCCACAGAUCAACACCAUUACCUGUUCCUCUCUCUUCAACUGUUACCGAUCAAUACAAUCCUCCUAGAGAGAUGCCUACUCAACCUCCCCUGACUCAACAGCCUUUGCCACCUCAACAACUAGUUCAGCUCCAGCGCCCACCAUAUACAGCCCCACAACCUCAUCCAUACUGCCACCCCCAACAAAACCAAUUGCCCCACCAUCAAGAUCAAUACUCCCAAGCCCAAGCUCAGUAUCCCCAAUCACAACCACAAGCCCAAUAUCCACCAGCCCAAACUCGAUCCCAAUACCCUCAACACCAAGCUCAAUACGCCCAAGCCCAAGCCCAAGGCCAAGCUCAAGCUCAGUCUCCAACUCAAACACAGUCUCACCCCCAGUACUCACAAGCCCUAACCCUAUAUGUGCAGCCGAGGCCCCAAAGUCCGGAAUUGGACCCUAGAGCACAAACAAAUCUAAGUGACAACCGAAACCAAAUCCACCCAUUUCCCUCACAUCAACAACAGCCAACUUGGACUCAACAAAUUCCCUCCCGCCCUCAGCCAUCUCAAGUCUACUCUCCUUACCCGCCUCCCGAAACUUUCUCUCAUCAAGCUCCUCUCUCUGGAAGCCCUCAAAUGGGAACACAACCUCUCAGUAAUCCUCAAAUGGGAACCCCGCCUCUCAGUAACCCUCAGUUGGGAGCUCAAACAGUCACUAACCCUCCAAUGGGAACCCAGUCUCCUUCGAACCCUCAAAUGGGAACCCAAUCAGAUGGUCGUGCAUAUGGUUAUGGGGAUCGUGGUAGGAUGGCUCAGUUGCAUCAUGGUGGCAUACCCAUGCCCAUGCCUAUGCCUAUGCCUAUGCCUAUGCCUAUGCCUAUGCCUAUGCCUAUGUCCAUUCCCAUGCAGAUGAAAGGUGGGCCCCACCUCGGCGAUGCUGGCUAUUCAGGGAGCGGACAACCUCAAGUUCCUAGUCAAGCAUUUCCCAUGUAUGGUUCGAGUGCUGGAACUAGAACUAUGGCCUCUUCUCAAAUGCCACAUGGUGAUGCACCAAUUGGUCCUGGUGCGCAACCAUUGAUGUAUGGCCAUCCACCAUCAUCAUCCCACUCAUGGUGAGGUACGUACUGACUGUGAUCAACGUUGGUUGAUCAUGGAUGCUUGUAAAAGAUUAGUGGCCAGCCUAGUAUUUAGUCCAUCAUCAAUUUCUACGGUGUGAUUUUUAUAUUUCCGACAAUGAGAUUCAACCUAGAUAUAUGUUCUAGACUGGUAUAAGAUGUUGGCCAUCAUCAGCUUGGUGUAAAUAAGCAUGCUAAUGUGCUGCAUUUUAUGUUUUGAAUUCUGAUUGCCAUGUUAUGGCUUCUCAUCGCUAUGUAAGUAUGUAUAUAGUUCUGGGGUUUGAUGAAGUGAUGUGCACCUCCCUUUUUAGCA